AUGUCUUCUGGAAUCCCUGCUGGCACCAACGGGCAUAAUAUUGUCAACAAUAAUCCGCCCGUCAUAUCUCCUGCCCAAAUGGCAGAAAAUCUCAGAAAGGGCCUUAAGCCAGAUGGAUCGAAAUACCCCCGUAGUAUGAGGAAGACAAUGAAGGCUACGACUGCGGAGGAAAUUAGACUCGGAGAGCUUCGGCGCGGUCAGGGCAAACAAGAAGUAUCCGAGGACGAAGCUGAUCUUAUCAAGCUCUCUGAAUCUGAAUCAAGUCAUUCUUCCACCCCUGAUAAUCAGCCUGAAUAUCUACUGUCGAGAAUGCUAAAGGCCCCCUCUCCAAGGAGUCGGAAGAAAGCUGAGAGCAAGAUAAUGAAGAAGAUCUUCGGGAAGAAACGGUGCUCACGGUCAUUAUUGUCCUCCAGUUCCAGCAGCUCGGAAAGCGAUGUGCCGAUGAAUAAGAGGAGAAAGCCGAUUGUAGAAGAGGACAUCAACAUCGAAAUGAAUGAGAUCACUGGCUGGCACCCGCGUCUGAAGAAACUAGCAAAUCUUGGUGAAUAUAUUCCCCUUUCAAUGUAUCUUAACACGACUCAUCAGGAAAUGCUACGUCAGAACAAUAAUGUACCACUGAGAACGGGCCUCGGGGAGAAAUCUCGGAAGAAGCAGCUUCUCGAUGUAGCCAAGUACCAGGACGAAGGUGCGCUCACAUCCGAAGAAUGGCGGGAGGCGAUGGAAAAUCAAGUCGCGUUCUAUCUCGAUGCGGGCCAGGUGGAGCAAGCAGAGCGCUGGGACAAGCAUCGGACCUGGUUCACUGGUCAACCCACAUUCAUCACCGAUUUCAGAAUUCUAUUGAAGAUGGACAUCGACUUGCGUCAACUCUAUGUGUGGCAACCCUUCGUUUUCAAUGCUAAGCGCUACCGGACAAAAUAUGACCAGAUGAAGCUAGAUGACUCCAACCAGCAAGUAAAGGAUGCUUUGAAGGGGAUGCAGGAGGAACGGGACCGACUCCACUGGUACGAACCAUCUUGUCGUCAGCCACCCAACCAGGUCACUUCAGCAUCAGACACUUCAUCUCCAAAAACCGCCAGGAUUCGUCCCAGCUAUCGUUCAUUUCGUGACGAGAGACCCAAAAAGGCUUUCGUCUGUCUGGCCUGCUCGUGA